AUGACUCACCAACCAUUCGCAGAGUCACCCACGCCUGCUUUGCUAGCUCUUAAUGAAAACCCAGAAGCUCGAAGGGCAACCUCUUCGAGGACCGUCGAUCCGAGUACUGCUACAUCUGUUCAAUUGACUCAACUCCAGUCUGCGGAGAUGGAUGAUCAGAACAUGUACACUCCUAUGCCCUCGCCGUUGUCCACUGAGAUGCGUGAUCCUUCUCCCUUGCGCUCCCCGGCGCAGCAUCGAGUUGGUUGUAAAAGGGCGAGCGCAGAGGGCACCAUCGACGAACAGCUGGAAUUAUACAGGGAAGAGAUAAGAACGAUGUAUCUGGUGCAGAAUAUGAGCCUCAAAGAGAUCAUGGAGCGCUUUGAGGAAAGGGGGUUCAAAGCAUCGCAACGAAUGUAUAAGCGCAAGCUCGAGAAGUGGAAGUUCUUCAAGAAUAUCCGCAGGAAGGAUGUCCACAAUAUGUUGUACUACCAGAAUCAACGGGCGGCAGCGGGAAAGCCAACUAUAUUCUAUGUCAACGGCAAGAAGGUUGACGUUGAUAGAUUCCUGGGCAAAUUAGGAAAAGAAUACAACCAAGACUCUGGCCCAAUCGUCGCCGAUGGUACGCUUCCAACGAACAUUACGUGCCAUACUCCACCGCCAGAGUCGAACCACCCUGACUCAGCAGACGCUUCACGCUUAGAAGAGAUGUUGACUCGGUGGUUGUGCGACUACGACAAGACCCAGUCCAACGAAACGGAUAGAUUAUACCUGCACUUUUACAUCACGCGAACCUACUCCCACGGAUUACAGCUGUUCUGGAAGGAGGCAUGGCGUCAGGGCGGUGACUACCUACAACGAGCAUUCAAGCCAAUGCACCUCCUCCUCGACAAACGAUCAUCGGCCACGCUGUUCAGAUUGAUAGCGAUAAAUAUGUUUCACGGCGACGCGGAGAUAUGCCACGAGUUCUGGAAGUACCUCGCCAACUAUUCAGCUCACCAGCUACCCGAGGGAGACGAACUGCGUCUGAUCCUCGCCUUGGCGGCGCACCAUCUCUCAGAUGCGGGCUUGACAGCCCACAUGUCGCUCAUGUCACGAGUGGUCGCCGCCGUCGUCGACCGAGACCCGUACGUCUCGGUACCUCAAAGCUCAAAGUUCAUCUGGUAUUCUCCGCGCAGGCCUCAGGUCCAGCCCAUCAGGCCGAUACUGCUUGGCCAAUGGAAUACCGAUGCGAUCCUUGAAGUCGGGACCACGGACCCGAUGCCCGGUGGCCUAGACAGGGUUCAUUUCCAGAUCAUGUUUCUCUGUUACUGGGGAAGAGAAGAAGGAUGGGGCAACGACGACAUCUUCCGCACCGCACUUCUAUUGUUAGACCGUAUCGAGCAGGCCCACGGCCCGGGCUUGGAGGUCGCUCGGUGGCAAUGUUGGGCCGUCAUCGCGUUGUACCAUAAGGCGCAAUCGAACAUGCACACGGGCGAGACCGAAGACCAUCACUUCAUCACAGCAGUGCAGCUUCUUGGUGACGCGAUAGACGCCGAGUAUAGCCAACGCGGUGUGACGUCGGAUCUGCUGGAGAUGUACCAAGUGCUGGAGUCUUGGCACGAAGAGGCCGGCAACGCCGGCGAGCUGCUACGGUGCCGUGAGCGGCGGGAGGCUUACGAGGAGAGAUUCCUCCGCGAGACCGAGGGCGGUGCGCAGCGGAUCCUGGAGAGCGGCAUUACGGACUUGAACGAGCUCAGUCUUAGGCUCGGCAGUGCUUUAUAG